GCGGAACAGAGGUGGGUUUGCACAGUUUUGACUGUUGGCGCGGUUAGGAAACCAAGGAAACAAUAACUCCUAGAGAAACUGACAGAUUGGAAAUGUUGGACACAGUCCAAAUUCGGCGCAGAGGUGCCCAAGACUUCGAGGCAUAUUAUGAUUAUGCAUGCGCUAUGCAGGACUCAGUCCCAUUGCCAGCAGUCAAGGCAAACCUGAGUCAAGGAAUGCUUGACUUUAAUGGGGAUCGGCUCAAACUGACAGAUUGGACACCCAUACUCAACUCUCUGACCAUCAAUAAACAGCUACAACAUGUUGCAGUCAGAAGCUGCUACCAAAGUGGUCUCGGCAUCGGAGAGCCAGAAAGGUACAGGGCUGGCAAUAGGAAGAAGAUUCCAGCCAUCCGCUCCAAGGAGAUGACGUUCAAACUGUGUAAAGCACUCAGGGAGUGUCUGACAGCUUCACCAAACCUCAAGACCCUCCAACUCCAUGGUCUUCCAUUUAGAGAGAGAGACCUUAUCACUCUUACCAAGGGUUUAGCCAAAAGUGUCUCUUUGGAAAAUCUCUCUUUGGCUCACUGUCCUAUAGCAGACGAGGGGUUAGAAGCUAUCUGCCAGAGUGUGAAGUACUCUCCAUCUAUAAAGACAGUGGACUUCACAGGCUGCAAUCUGACCUGGAGAGGAGCGGAGCAUAUGGCCAACAUCAUCAAGCAUCAGGCAAUGCGGAGGCACAGUGCAGCCUGGGCCGAAUCUCUGAGGUACAGGAGGCCUGAAUUCGAGGGCAUGGGAGGCCUCCGCCGGGUCACUCUCAACUGCAACACCCUGGUGGGAGACAGAGGGGCGGCCGCCCUCGCACAGGAACUGGCUGAGGACCUCUGGGUCAAAGCCUUGGAUCUGCAGAAGUGUGGUUUGUCCAACGAUGGGACACGGUCUCUGCUGGAGGCUCUAAAGUCCAACUCCACUCUCUGUGUCCUGGAUAUCAGGAGGAACCCCUUGGUGGACAACGACCUGAUGAAGUCCGUGAUCGAAAGAGUUCUCAUGAACGCUAAUGGUCAAUCCUCUCAGUACUCCUGGAUCAAGCCCCCAGCCCUCAAAGACUCACAGAAACCUCCAAUCGUUAAGAGAAGAAUACUGGGAAAUACAGCUAGAGGAAAAGCAACAUUUAGGAUAGGUCCCCGCAGGUUGUCGUUGGCCGGUAGGCGGAGUCCAGUUAUUGCCCAGCAGCCACACCCCAGCUCCAGCAGGUGUAUCCCAUGGCGCACUGCAGAACGUGCUGGACGACAGAGAGGACUUCCUCCAGGUAAUACAGUGGCAGAGCAGAGCUUUGAGGGGGCUGCCACUGUCAAGGUCACAAUGGAGACUGAGUCAGAGGAGGAGGGAGAGGAGGAAGCGGUUGAGACAAAAAGCCUGUCACCACUUAGCCUUCAUGAGAGGGUCACUGUCAGACAGUACAGACGUGUACAGGUGGAGCUGGAGGAGUGUCGGCUCAGACUAGCAGAGGAAAGGAGGGCCAGAGUGAAGGCAGACACUCGUCUCAUGGAGUAUGAGUUGGAGAACGCUCGGCUGCGCAGUAUCAACUUCUCUCUGUCGGAGGCACUGCAUGCUCCUGCUACUGGCCCCUCCAGUGUUCUGGAGGACGAUGCAGUUCUGGACAGCAUCGAGAGCUCCUUCGGCAAGUUCCAUGCCUUCCUGGACCUGCUCAAGGAUGCUGGACUGGGCCAGUUGGCCUCCAUGGCAGGGAUUGACCAGUCCGACUUUGGCCCACUUGGGCGACCCCAGCUGUCCUCCAGUGUUGGACAGCCUCUUGUUGGGGCAGGGGACCAGGACACGGGAGAUAAGGGAGGCGACGGCCCCAGGGCUCCGUCAGAGGGCCAGCCCAACGGAUUCACCCCCGGAGCUCCAGCCACCCUCAGAGGGUUCUCGCCAGAGGGUGACCCACGGGAAGUGCCCCCCGUCCCUGCUAGUGAGUUAGCCAGUGAGCCCUGUGUGGCGAAAUCUGGUGGAGAGAAUCAGCAGAAGGAUCCCUCGCCCUCACAACCGGAGGGACGACAGGUGUCAGGGACUGAGAACAGUAUCCAUAGCAACGGCUCCCAUGGAAAUGACUCGUAUGCCAAAGGCUCCCUUAGCAAUGACUCUCAGGGUAGCGGUUCCUAUGGCAAAGGUUCCCGUGGUCGUAAUGUCUCUCACCACAGUAACGGCAAAGGCUCACAUGGUUACAGUUUUAAUUACAGCAACUGCUCCUACAGCUCCAUCCACAGCGACAGCUUCCAUAGUAACAGCUCUGUAAGGUCCAGUCUGAGUGACAUGAGUGAGCGUUUGGAAUCUGUUGGGUCAUUGGGGUCAAAGGCUUCUGGAGGGGGCAGGGUAGGGUUAGGAGCUCAGAGGUGAAACUCUAUUCAGAGUUUGAGAGGCUGGAACAGAUCUGCUCUCUGGGGAGCAUGGGUGGCGAGUCUGAUGAUGGGUUCUGAACCCACAACUCUGCCCCUUGUUGAGUGUUUUCUUUCUUUUUUCAUGUUAUAUCUGUGUUUACCUUUCUUGUGCCAAAUUGGAGUACUAUUAAAAGGUUAUUGUGCUAAUGAUGCCUAAUCUUAAAUGUGAUUUUAGCCUUUUGUUAGAUUAAUGCUUUUGGGGCUUUUUAGUUGUUUUUUAAAAACUGACUUUUUUAUACUGUUUGUA